GGGGAAUUUUAGAUUUUUAGAAAGGUAGAUGAUGAAAAAAAGGUAGAUGAUGAAAAAAAUGUAGAUGAUGAAACAAAGAUAGAUGAUAAAAAAGUAGUUGCUGUACGGUAGCAUAGGGUAGAUGGUAGAUGGUGGGCACUACAACAUUACUUUUUUAUCCAACAAUAUUUUUUUAUCGUCACAAAUUUGAAAUUCAAAAUUGCAAAUAUUUUUAUAAGAACGGUGGAUACAAUUUUUAGCAUAAGAAUCAGAAACUAGACUAUAAAUUCGACCAGGACAAGUGCUCAGGAUGGAUUUGGUUUUGAAUUCCGAGGCGUUAUCGCCUUCGAAUUCUCCAACUUUAGGCAUGGAAGUUGAGACGUCUGAAAAUGUCGCAAUGUCGACUGCCUUACUGAAUCCGAUCGUUCUUGAAGCUAUUUUCGGCCAUCUCGACGUCCCCGACUUGAAGACGACUCGUCUCGUCUGCCGUGAUUGGAACGAACUUGGGACCACUGUCUUAGGAAAACAGUCUUGUCUCCAUGUCACCCCCAUUUUCUGCUACCACACCUCAGAUUUACACCUCAUCGCCCCCAUACACCCCAAACUCAUGCGGAACGUCAUCAUCUCAAGUGAAUUCGAUGCCUCAAUUCAUUUAAAAAAGACAGCUGCCGUCAUCGCCAAGGGCUUCACCAUUUUGCCUGAAUUUACUGGGGAAAUCAAGUUUUACGCGAGACAGAGGAAAUUUAUCCGCGCCUUUCUCGACGGGAUGACAAUGCUGAAAUCCACAAAAAUCCGGGCCAUUUUAAUCUACAUGCAUGAAACAAAUGCGAACGAGUGUUUUGAUGAACGUCAAAUUCAAGCUUGUCGAAAACUCCCUGUUCAAACUAGUUUGACCUCACUCCAUUUCGACAUUUCGCACGACACCGGCCGAACUAACGGAGUGCAAACCGCCCUGCAAGUUUUGAUCGACUCUGCACCAAAUUUGACCCAUUUGUUCGUCAAUGCCACGUUCUACCCGAAUUUGGAGGGAUGCCAAAAUCUAAAAUUUUUGAAAUUUUACUUCAUACAGUUCAUAUUUGGCUAUGUAAAUUGUGCUCAUGCAACUUGCCCUGAUUUUAAGUUGGGUGCUGUGAUCAAGAUGCUGGAGCAAGUGAAGGAUUCCUUGAUCGAAUUGGAGUUGGACUUUGACGGUCCAUUUGAGUCCGUGUCUCAGGACAUGAAUCUGGACGUUCCCGUGUUAUCUAAACUUACCUCCGUCACCAUCAAUUUCUUAAUGGCGUACCAAAUUCAAAACUUUUUUGAUGAGGCACACCUCCCAAACUUGAAAAAUCUCGUGUUCGGCAACUAUGAAUGCGGUGCGACGGAGUUGUCAAGCUUUCUAAAUGUGUGGCAGCGACACCGAGGAGUUCAGUCCCUCGCCUUGGAACUUGGUCAGGAUUUUAUGGAGGGCGAAAUCGACUUCGGGCAAAAAAUUGUCCAAUUAUUCCCCUCCGUUAAGAAACUCGAGUUCAUGGUGCAAAUUCUGGGCGACGUGAACUCGGAGAAAGUCAAAACGAAGAUGGGACCUUUCCAGAAGUGGAAUCUAAAAGAGUCCAGCGUUGUCGUGUAUUUUGAGAAGUGCGCCUCGGUAGUUCGAGUCCUUAAAAGUCUGUCUUUUUGGAAAGGCGUAAAAAAUGUCCGCUUCGUGAUCGAAAGCUACGAUUUCUCCAUAAUAUCUGCUAUUGCCGUUCAACAUAUCAUUCUUCACAAUAGGGGAUUAAAAACUGUGAAAGUAGAGGUAAAGGUAAAGGACGAGGAAUCUGCGGAACGAAUGAGAGCAAGCUUGGAAACCACUAGUAUACCCGAUUCUUUCAAUUGGAAUGUGUGUGUAACGUCCGACUAAUUAAUUAAAUAUUUUGCGAUUGAUCCAAAUUCAUAGUUAAUUUUUCAACUCCAAUUUUACAUUAUUUCAAUACAUAAUACAUUGUUCUUAAAAUUCUAAUGAAAGAUGUAGAAAAGAUAAUUUGAAAUUAAAUAUCG